CGCUACCGCAGCUCACCAGGAGCAGGGCUUCACACACACACACAGAUCGUCUCCCUUGCUCUGCACAGAAGGACCAGAGACCAGAGACCAUAUCUGCCCGUCGACCAGACACACCUCCGCCUCCGUGUACACCAACUACUGUGGUUAGUGCAGGAGUUUGUUUACUGCCAAAACUAAGAGGUUUACAGAUCUGUUUAUAAGGGAGAACAAGAGUAGCGAGUGAGAGAAAGGGGAACAGUGAGCGGUAGACUUAGAGAGACAGGCGCAGAACUCGGAGGUAGGAAGAGACAGGAGGAAAUACUGAAAAACAAUCUGGAGUACCUGAGCGGAGCUUUUCUCAGCGCUGGGAAGAUGUCCAAGUCCUCCCGGCUAGGCAGGCCCUCCUCGGGGGGGUCCAAGCAGGGUCCUCUGAGGAAGGAGCUCCAGGGGAACCGUUCCUGCAUGCUACGUGUGGGAGAGAGGCUGAUGAGGGCAGGCAGCGAGGGGAAUCUGGUGAGAGCCCAGAGCACCCAGCAGAACCAGCUCCAACAACCCCAGGAGGGGAGAGGGAUGUCCCUGCACACUGCCUCCAACUCAGCCAAAGAGCCAGGAGGAGGACACACACUCCCCAGACUUUCCUCAUCUUGCUCAGAGGACCCAGAGUGCAUCCAAAGGAAGCAGAUCCUAGCCAGCGACAACCUGUCAGACCUGCCCCCUCGCUCCCCCAGCACCAGAAGGUACACCAUAGGAGGCGCCCGCGGAGCCAGGGACGGGCCCAGAACCCUCCCAGACAGCCAGGCCAUGCAGCAGGCUGAUGUGGAGAGAAGGAAGGAGGUGUUCCUGGAUCACCUGAGACAGAAGUACCCCCACCAUGCUGCCGUCAUCAUGGGUCAUCACGAGCGCAUGCGAGAACAGGUCAGGACCACACGGACAUCGGCGAGCCCACCUCCCGGUGCAGGUGUUGUGGGUGUAGGAGAGCAGCUGGACCCCCUCUCUGUGGUGUCCCUGGAGUCCCUGGAGACCAUGUCUGAGGAAUACCCUCUGCCUGCUGUCGCUGCCUUUACCCGGGGAUGUCGAGCCCGCGCCAGCCUGCCCGUGGCCCGCUCUUCCAGCCAGCCCAGAGACAGGCCACUGGGGGUUCUGUACCUGCAGUAUGGGGAGGAGACCAAGCAGAUCCGGAUGCCUAGUGACAUCAGCAGUGGGGACAUUGUCAGGACUCUGUUCGUCAGUGCCUUCCCCCAGCAGCUCACCAUGAAAAUGCUGGAGUCUCCCAGCGUAGCCAUCUACAUCAAAGAUGACACCAGGAACGUCUACUACGAACUCUCCGACGUCAGGAACAUCACAGCCCAGUCCUGUCUAAAGGUGUACCACAAAGACCCCGCCCACGCCUUCAACCGCAACUCGGCCCGGCCCGGCAACUCGCAAGAUGGCAGGAUACCCAGGGAGAUCCUGUAUGGAAGCCACAGCCCAGUGCACACCCUCCAGUCCUCCAACCGCAGUGCUCUCCACACGCUGCAGGGUUCCAUGUCUCCCCCCACCGCCCGCUCCAUGCCCUCCUCUCCCUCCAGGAUCCCUUACGGCUCUCGGGGAGCUGGGAGUGCAGGGGGGGCGGGCAGUACCACGCUGCCCAGGGAUCGCAUGUCCAGCGUGGGCACAGGGCGCUCCGUGACCCCCUGCCCUAGCAGCAGUGCUAUCCUGGAGAGACGUGAUGUCAAACCUGACGAGGACCUGGGUUGUAGUAAGAGUAUGGCACUGGUGGUGCGGGGUGAGGGUGGGGUGUACCCUGACCCUUACUCCACCCUCCAGGAGGGCGGCAGGCUGAGCAUCGCCUCGUCACAGGGCAGUGCCCCCGCCCCGCUUGCUGACGUAGUGGACCGAGCCUCCAUCAAGCCCUACGGAGACAUCUUGGAGCAACAGCAUUCGCAUUACAGGCAGAAGUCCAGGAGGUAUGGAGAAAGUCAGCUCCCCCCGAUGGGUACCAAAACGCCGCCCCCCUCCCCUCACAGAGUCAGUGAGGUCAGGAUGAUUGACAGUCAUUCGGCGGUUGCCACGGUCGUAGCUGCCCAAGGUCACGUGGCCGCGGAGCGGAUGUCUCCCAUUCGCCGGUCCCUGAGGCGAGACAGUAACGGGACAGGGGAGGUCAUCAGUCGGACGCGGAGCAGUGUGUCAUCAUCUUCGUCGUCGUCAGUGUUUGUUGACCUCCCUGCUGGGCAUCCUGAUAGAGUGUUCCAAAGCCCCAUCACACCCAAUGACCCCCAGACCAGUGAGCGAAUGAAGGCUAUGGAACAGCAGAUUGCCAGUUUGGCUGGCCUCGUUCAGCAUGCACUAGCCAUAGCCCCAACCAUCAGCGAGGUAGAUGGCAAGACUGCUGCCAUUCCAUUCAACAACAGCCUGGGAGUCUCGCUUGUACCUGCAGCCAGGAGCCCCGCCCCCCUGACGGAUAGCUCCGGCUCCUCCCCUCAGGCCCCUCCCCCAGACGCAGUGCUGCAGACAGCCCUGUCGUCAGCCCAGAGGAACGUCUCGGACCUAAGGCUGCAGCUGCAGCAGCUACGACAGUUGCAGGUGCAGAACCAGCAGAGUGUGCGAGGCAUGCUGAGGAUGAUGGAGGAGGAGAUGGCAUCCAUGAUGGCCGACAGGCUGAGGACCAUGGAGGAGAGGCUGAGCAGCUCCAGAGAGCCUGGACACAGGCAGAGAGCUGCUGUGGACCAGGAAAGGCUCCAGUACCUGGGCAUGGAGGAGAGGGUGCUCAUGCAACUCGGGGACUUGGAGGAGUAUGUGGACCAGCUGAGGACAGACUCCUCCCCCUCGUCUACCUCCCACCCCGGACAGCUGUCCGUCACCCUGAAGGACGUUGAGGAGGGGGCAGUCAACCUGAGGAGGGUGGGUGAAGCCCUGGCCGGGCUGAAAGCGGAGUACCCCUCCCUGCAGGGGAAGAUGAGGACGGUGUUGAGAGUGGAGGUGGAGGCCGUGCGCUUCCUGAAGGAGGAACCUCUCAAGAUGGACAGCAUGCUGAAGAGGGUCAAGGCCCUGACAGAGACUCUGAGUGGACUCAGGAGAUAUGUGACAGAGAGCCACUCUCAUGGUCCUGAGGCCGGGUCUGGGGCAGCCAAGCCAGCCACCAUGGAGGGUCUGGAGGAGAUGGAGGAGUCCCUCGACCCUAUCCUGAGACCCAACCCCGCCCAGCAGUCCCCCAAACCCCAGCCCCGUUCCUCGGUCCGCCCCCCUCUCGCCGGCCCCCCCACGAGGCCUGACCCCACGCCCGCCUCAGCGACGCCUGCCUCUCCGGGCGCCGGCCCCCGCGUAAGGAGCUCCCCUGCGUCUAUCGUAGCAUGCCAACACGCCGCCUCCUCUGCUCCGACGCACCACCCUCCCCCCCCACUCACCCCCACCCACGGCCGAGACACGCCCACUGUCGCCAAGGUGAGCCCAAGAAGUCGAGAGGGCAGCCCCGCCCUGCAGAAGAGGGUGGGCCCCUGGAGAGUGGAGGGGAACACCCCCUCCUCAGGCGUCGCAGAGACCGCCGCACGACCGGCACCACUCGGCGAGAGCCAAGCCAGCGUGGGCCCCAUCACACCCCCUGCUACAGAUGCUGAGACUACAGAGGAAGCGAUGAGGGAGGUGAAGCAGAGCGAGACUUCCUCCUCAAACCCCAGUGACUUUGACCAGAUGCUCCAGGAGGCCCAGGCCAGCCUGAUGAGAGCCAUACCCGACCUAGAGGUUCCUGAGCCUGGGGAGGAUGCCUCCUCUGGUCCUCCUACCCCUCCAGACCAGCCAGCCACAGUCCAGGCUCCGCCAGAUAAAGCCACAGCCUCCCAGCCUCCACCAGCCUCAGACAUGGAUUCUCAGUCCCUGCCCCCUGCAGGUCUCCCCUCUGGCCUAACCCUGCCAGAUGAGGUUGACGCCCCUCAGCCAAAACCAGCAGCCAGAGAUGCAGCUCAGUCCUCCCCGGUCCCGGCUGAGCCCCCAGUCCAGCCCGGCGCUGAACGCCCCCCCAGGCCCAUGGUGGAGAAACCUCGCAGGCCCAGCGUGGAGAGAGAAAGGAGACAGAGCCCUGACAUGGCUGGGAAGUCCCCUCCUCCACCGCCCCCUCGCAGGUUCUACCCCGCCAGCCCCGGGCUCACCACCGGGAGGUCAGGAGAAGUCAUCUACACCACACGCAAGGAAUCUGUCACCACACAGGAAGAAGAAGAAGAGGUGGUGGUGGUUCCUCAACCUAAACCCAUCAGACAGCCCCCUGAAGUCAAACCCAAACCUCAGACCACCCUCCUUCCUCCCCCUGCCCCGGCCCCCGAAACCGAACUUCAGGAGGAAGAGGAGGAAGAAGAUCAGUUCAUGAAGGAGCUACAGGUGUUUCAGAAGUGCUCUGUGAGGGAGGUAGGAGCCAGGUGUGUGGUUGACCUGUCAGGCUCUGGCUCCAAGGCUAGAGAAAUAGAGACACAGCCUUCUGUCUUACCCCCACACACACAGGUCAUGUAUUACGUCACGGCUCAGAUGUCCAAUGAGAAUGUGUCAUCCGGAGUGAUUGACCAAUCCGAAGGCAAGGGGGGGACCCUGCCCUCCUCACAGGUGGCCAAUUGUACUGCUCCUGAUCUAACCCAGCGGCCAGAGUUACUAACACCAGACCAGUUACCUUCUCUGUACGACAUCCAAGAUGGCGUGCCCAACUCAGAGCAAGUGGUAGCUGGACUGGAAGAGAGGGAGAAGAGCUCAGGAACUGAACAAGACAUGGGGGGUCCUGUUCAGGUAGAGCAGGUAGUCAAGCAGAUGCCUUCCUCAAUGUCAGGCCCUGCCGUGAGGCAGGUUGUAUCUCCACCCGUCCUUCAGGACAGUGUUCCAGGACGCCAGUGUUCCAUCAGGACCUCGCCAACAUGGCCGCAGGUUCAGAGUAACAAAGCAGGCCAGGAGGAUCCCGUUUGUACAAGCGGCCCCCCUCCCUCACCAUCUCCACAGAGUGUGAUUGACACCCAGGGCAGCCAACAGGAGGUGUUGAUGAGGUCAUCUCGGGCUCGUGCCAGGUACACAGAGGAGGGCAGCAGCCUGAAUCCCGACCUACCAGAACAAGAGGCCCCGCCUCCUCCCCCUCCCUCAUUGGACAACAUGGCCUUUAUGAUCACCAAUAGCAAGGUUCAGGCCCUGUCGAGGGGGGAGUACCAGCAGCUGGUCCGCACCAGCGGAUCCCAGGUCCAGACUGUCACUGUGAGCAAUGGUAAUGCUACCUCCACUGACCAGCAGGAGGAGCACCAUGAUAACCAGUAUGACAGGAAGCCUGUGAUCUUCGUCUUUGACGAGCCCAUGGAUAUCCAUUCGGCUUACAAGAGGCUGUCCACCAUUUUUGAGAGUGAGGAGGAGCUGGGGAUUCUGCCCUCACAGGGGUGCAUCCAGGAGGAAGAUGAAGAAGAAGAAGAGGAGGAGACAGGGAGAAGUUUACAUCAGGUAACAACCAGCAGGGAUGUAGUGGAGGUGAAGAAUGAAGCCGUUCUUCCAAACUCUGUAAACACCUCAACUGGGAACCCCUCAAUUGUGGUUGUACAGAGGAAGGCAAGUGGCACAUCAGAUGACCAGGCAAAAACUGAGAACACCAACGACAACAAGCAGGAGACAAAAAAGAAAUUCAAAUUCAAGUUCCCCAAAAACAAACUGGCAGCCAUUAGCCAGGCCCUUCGGACUGGCACCAAGACUGGCAAGAAAACUCUGCAGGUGGUGGUGUACGAGGAGGAGACUGGACAGGUAGAGGAAAAGACCACGAAGGAAAUCAAGAGGUUGGAGAUCACCCCCAAACCCCACCAAGACCCCAAACAUGGAGCCACUGUAACGAAUACCAGUAACUCUGUGUCUUCAUUGGGUUCUCCCUUGAGGUCAGACUCCCAGAGCAGGACUGAGGUGAUCUGCAAGAGUGCCUAUGACUCCAUAAACAGUCUGGAAGAGACCAUCAAACAGCUGGAGAUCACCGUGGACACCAUAGGUGUCUCCUCACCCAAGACACAUAACCCAGGGUCCCGUCAGAAGCCUCGGUCGCCCUCCACCGCCACCACCGCCACCGUCUCCCCUGCCAUCCCAGCCAAACAGGAGAGGGAGGGCAGCACUUCCAAGAGACCCGCCUCUCAGGGGUCCAAGGCUCCCAAAGCUCCACAGACUAAGAAGGCCAGAUCACAACUCCCCAAGCCGACCCUGGCUGUCUCCACCAAGAAACAGACUGGCAGUGCCCCCCCCUCCUCCAGUCGUCUGGGCCCAUCCAAGCCAUCUGGGUCGCCUGACAAACCAGCCAAAGGCCAGAGUCUGCAGGACAACCAGAGGCAGUUCCGACAGCCACGCCUCCUCGCAGUCCCCCGGUAACGCCUCUCCCAGAAUGCCGAGCCCUUCCCGCAAUGACAAGUGCCAGCACCUCUCCCUCUCGCAGAACCAAACCAGCCGACACAGCACCGGCCCCUACUCUUUCUGUUCAUCCUCUUCCUCCUCCUCUUCCUCGCCCUCCUCUUCCA